CUGCGGACGCAGCUCAGGUGUGCUGAACAUGGGCCCGGACACGCGCCACUCGCUGCAGCUGGAGGUGAUGCCUCUGACGGGCGGCUUCCUGCCGCUGCCGACCGUCCGGCUCAGCCGGUACAUACCGGCCAACAAAGAGCCGGCCAACCGCCUGCUGAACGCCGGGUCUGGUCUGCCGAGGCUGGAGCCGUUCGCGGUGGGCCAGGUGUACAGCGCCUCGCGCGGACAGCAGGUGCACGUGCUGGCGGCGACGGCGCCCGGUGGCGGCGGGUCCGAUGGGCCGAGCCGCGUGCUGUAG